AGUCGGCGGCCGAACCAGCCCGGCAGGUCGGGCGGAGUAUAAGAGCGGGAGGGAGCGGCCGGCGGCAGACGCCGGAGCCCGUGCGAGACGGCGAGCCGAGCCAGCAGAGCCCCCGCGCCGCGCACGCUCCUCGGCCCACCAUGGCCCGGGGCCCCGGCCUCGCGCUGCCGGCGCCACCGCUGCCGCUGCUGCUGCUGCUCCUGGCGGCGCUGGCCGGCCCCGCCGCCGCGCAGGACAACUGCACGUGCCCCACCAACAAGAUGACCGUGUGCGCGCGGGACGGCCCGGGCGGCCGCUGCCGAUGCCGCGCGCUCGGCUCGGGCUUCGAGGUGGACUGCUCCACGCUCACCUCCAAGUGCCUGCUGCUCAAGGCGCGCGUGAGCGCCCCCAAGGCCGGCCGCGCGCUGGUGCGGCCGAGCGAGCACGCGCUCCUGGACAACGACGGCCUCUAUGACCCCGACUGCGACCCCGACGGCCGCUUCAAGGCCCGCCAGUGCAACCAGACGGCGGUGUGCUGGUGCGUGAACUCGGUGGGCGUGCGCCGCACCGACAAGGGCGACCUGAGCCUGCGCUGCGACGAGCUGGUGCGCACGCACCACAUCCUCAUCGACCUGCACCAGGGCCCGGCCGCUCGCGCCUUGGACCGCGCCGAGCUGGACGCCGAGCUGCGGCGGCUCUUCCGCGAGCGCUACCGCCUGCACCCGCGCUUCGUGGCGGCCGUGCACUACGAGCAGCCCACCAUCCAGAUCGAGCUGCAGCAGAACGCGUCGCAGAUGGCCCCCGGCGACGUGGACAUCGCCGACGCCGCCUACUACUUCGAGAGGGACGUCAAGGGCGAGUCGCUGUUCCCAGGCCGCCGCGGCCUCGACGUGCGCGUGCACGGCGAGCCCCUGCUCGUGGAGCGGACCCUCAUCUACUACCUGGACGAGAAGCCCCCGCAGUUCUCCAUGAAGCGCCUCACUGCCGGCCUCGUCGCCGUCAUCGUGGUGGUCGUGGUGUCCCUCGUCGCCGGCGUGGCCGUCCUGGUGGUCAGCAACCGGAGGAAGUCGGGGAAGUACAAGAAGGUGGAGAUCAAGGAACUGGGGGAGUUGAGAAAGGAACCCAGCGUGUAGGUACCGGCGGGGCAGGGGAUGGGCGGGGUACCGGAUUUCAGCAUAGCCCAGACCCCACGGAGUCACGUUUCUUGAUUCUUGGCCCAAAGGAGACGUUUCUCCUCCCAAGUUACUGCCUCUCCCCACCCCACCAUGUUUA